GCAGGCCGUGAAGAUGGUGCUGUCCUACCGGCCAGAGGAGCUCGAGUGGGACUCGCCCCACCGCACAAACCAGCAGCAAUGCUACUGCUACUGCGGGGGCCCCGGAGAAUGGUACCUGCGGAUGCUGCAGUGCUACCGAUGCAGACAGUGGUUCCACGAGGCCUGCACGCAGUGCCUCAAUGAGCCCAUGAUGUUCGGAGACCGGUUCUACCUAUUCUUCUGCUCCGUGUGUAACCAGGGCCCAGAGUACAUCGAGAGGCUGCCUCUGCGAUGGGUGGACGUGGUUCACCUGGCUCUCUACAACCUGGGUGUGCAGAGCAAGAAGAAGUACUUCGACUUCGAGGAGAUCCUAGCUUUUGUCAACCACCACUGGGAGCUCCUGCAGCUCGGCAAGCUGACCAGCACCCCCAUGACGGACCGAGGACCUCAUCUCCUCAACGCUCUGAACAGCUACAAAAGCCGGUUCCUCUGUGGCAAAGAGAUCAAGAAAAAGAAGUGCAUCUUCCGCCUGCGUGUCCGCGUCCCUCCGAACCCCCCGGGGAAGCUGCUGCCGGACAGGGGGCUGGGGCCCAGUGAGAAUGGCCGCGCCUCUGAGCUGCACAAGAGAGGAAAGAGCAAGCCUGGUCUGUCACCUCAGGAAUUCCAGCAGCAGAAAAGGCGAGUUUAUAGAAGAAAAAGAUCAAAGUUUUUGCUGGAAGAUGCUAUUCCCAGUAGCGACUUCACCUCGGCCUGGAGUACCAACCAUCACCUGGCCAGCAUCUUUGACUUCACACUGGAUGAAAUUCAGAGUUUAAAAAGCGCUAGCUCAGGCCAGACCUUCUUCUCGGACGUGGACUCCACGGAUGCCGCCAGCACCUCUGGCUCCGCCUCCACCAGCCUCUCCUAUGACUCCAGACGGACAGUGGGCAGUCGCAAGAGAAAGCUGGCAGCCAACGUAUACAUGCCGCUGCGGGCCAAGCGGCGGGCGGCCGAGCUGGGAGGGCGCUGCCCCUCAGACAGCAGUGCAGAGGGGCCCUCGGGCCCCGAGCGGCCAGACGACGGCAUCGACAGCCACACCUUUGAAAGCCUCAGUGAGGAUGACUCGUCCUUGUCCCACCUUAAGUCGUCCAUCACCAACUACUUUGGCGCGGCUGGCCGGUUGGCCUGUGGGGAGAAGUACCAGGUGUUGGCUCGGAGGGUCACGCCACAGGGCAAGGUCCAGUACUUGGUGGAGUGGGAAGGGACCACUCCCUACUGACCAGCCCUCAGGGCCUGCCGGACCCAGGACAGCAGAAGCCACAGCCUCCCUGUUUCUCUCCAGAUGGGGGUGGGGAGGAAAGGAGGGCCGGGCUACAAGUGUCUGGCUAAGGCCUUAGCCUGCCUGCCAGCCCACUCCCCUGUAAAGGCCUUCACCCCUGCUCUGUGCAUAGUCUGUCUCCUAAGGUCAGAGUCAGUCUGCAUUCCCUCUGUGCCCCUCACCCCAUGUAUUGGGUUCACAUGCCCUCCAUAGGCACCUUUCGCCCUCCACUGGACGCCCUCACCCCUGGCCCAUGGGACAGCCAGUCUUCCCAAGGGCAAUGUUGGGAGACUCGAUGAUGGUGUCUAAGAGGAUGCCUCUCAGCUUCUUUCUCCCACUUUCCUGCCACCCCCUGCCCCGCCCCUUGGGAAGAGGUAGUAGGAUGUGGGAGUCUCUCUUUGGAUACCCGUGUAGCAGAGACUACCUGGAAUGCCCAGUGAGGUCAGGUCUCUGCCUCGGGCUCCAGUGUACAGGCUGAACGAGAAGGCUACAGAGGUUGGUGCCUGAGGUCACUUCCUUCUUGGACCCCAUCCCUCUCAGUUUUCAUGGAGCUGGGCCUGGCCUUACUUGGGAACUGCAGUACCAGGCAGUGAGGGAGUCGAAAGUGGAGGAAAGAAUCCAUGCUGUGUUGAGAUCCCAGACCGCCCCCCCAAUCCUGUUGCCCUCCAGACCCCACACUGCCAGCUACACACAAAGGAAACACACCACACACACACACACACAUACACACACGGAAGCUUCCAUCCACGUGUCUUCAUCCUACAGGGACACAUCUCCGCGUAACCGCAACACACCUUCAGGUGUGUACACACUCCCUCCCCCUGCACUCCCUUCCAGUGGCAGCCUGGCUCCGGCCCUGGGCGCUCCGGGCUCUGUCUCGGGAGCUUGAUUGCUGCAGCUAAAUGUGAAAUCCCAGGUCCCAGCCCCUUUCAGACUCUGGCCCCACAGGGAGGGAAGCACAGGGCUCCCUUACCUGCUGCUCCCUCCUGAAAUUGACAAUCACUUGGGGGCGGGAUAGGAUGGGAUGGGAUUUGUAAAGGGCUGCACCUUCCAUUGCUGUCGAAGGGAAGCCUUUGUCAGCAGGAGGGUACCUAUAUACUCGAGUAGAAGCCGACCCGAAUAUCAGCUGAAGCACCUAAUUUUACCACAAAAACUGCAUGAAAACUGUGCUGAGAAGCUCGGCUUGUACAGGAGUAUACACGGUAACUGGAAUUCUUUACACUGCCAUAUAAACUUGGUCCCCAGUGGAGGAAAACCAAGAAUGGUGAGGGGACCCCUCAUUUGUGCUGCUUCCAGAGAUGUUAGACUGACUCACUUGGAGAAUGGAAACAAGUGCCUUGGGGGGGCACCAGAUGGGGACCAGCCUUGCCAGCUGCCGCUGUGGCCUCCGGCGGGGCUGGGCCUUGCAGGCUACCUGGGAGGAGUGGUGGCAACAGCGGUAGGAGGCUUGAGGAGCUGGGUUUUCCAUGACUAGGCCUGACACCCCUCUACCUUGAGGGAUCCCUGAGAUAGUUCACAUUACCACCAUCACCCCCACCUCAAACCUCAUCUCCUCAGUGCCUUUCACACGGGGCCCUGCCUCUUGUGCACUGCCCAGCACACCCCCCUGCCUCGCUGGCAUGACCCAGGCAGGGCCACCAUUCUUCCUCAGCCCCACAGCUGCUGCUCUGAGGCGCCUGGCUGGGGACAAGUGGGGCGGGAGCUGAGAAGACAGGCAGCCCCUAGCCCAGCAGGAGGUGCUGGGUCUGGGGUCCCACCUGUGUCCCUGCCUGACUUCAGAGUACAGCAGCUACCCGGACCCGAGUUCCAGGCUUCCAAGGACACAGGGGCCCUGUUACACUGCACCUGUGCCUGCCCUCAGGUUCCCGACCCUGGGCAGGAAGGUGGGGGGCCCUCUUCCCCACUUGGAGUCUGUACUACAAGGUCCGCCCGAGUCCUGGCCCUCAGCCUUUCAGACCAGAUGAGAGCUGUGUUACUGCCAACAGAGCUUAUGAACCCUGUGCACCUUCUAAAAGACUUAUGGUUUGAGUUGCUGCUUUUAAUAACAUGUUAUAUUAAAGUUAUAAUUAAU